AACAAUUAAGACGAUCUAAAUCUAACUUUUGCUCUUCUAUAGACGGGACAAGUGGGCAUCCACCCAAUGGAUUUCAAAACCCAAACGAAUAGUCACAAAGAAAGUAUGAACACGAGGCCCAUAAUGUCACGAUUAUAGAUCGUCACUCAUCAGCCGAAAUAAGCUAAAUUUAUUUAAAACUAGAAUGGAAGCCCGCGUUUCGCGCCGGGAUUUACGAUUGUUUGUAGAUCACCUAGGUUCGGGUCUCAUUGGAAUUAAAAAAAAAUCCAAUUAAAUAUACCCUUUCUACCAACUUGACAAAUUUCUCGGGGAAUUUUUUUUUAGUAAAGUGCAGUUUUAUUUAGUUUGAAGGGUAUGCUAUCAUCGAACGACCGAUAGUGUACCAAUGUGAUACGAUCAAGCUGUAACAAACAAUUUCGCAGGCAAUAAGCAUUUGAAGCAACAAUUUUUAAUAAUUAAUUUAAUCCGUACAACAAAUUUUAAUCAUCCUCGCAGUACACCUUUUUAUUUUAGGAAUCCAAACUCAUGUUCAUUCUAUCUUACAAACCCGACACUACAAAUUCACUAGUUUUACUUGUCCACCGACAGAUUAUAGAUAACUUUGUGACACACAUUAACCUUGCAUUAUGUAAACAACUAUAUAUUUGACAUAAAAUCGUAUCUCUAGUUGUUUAUUUUGAGAAUUGAAUUCUCCACCCUCAAGCAAAAAUCCGUCGACAAACUACGAAAAUCCAUUGUGAUUAUUUAAAUAUUAAUAAAAUAUAUUUUAUAUUUUUAUUUUUACUUCGGACCCACCUUAAUUAAAAUCUUGGCUACGUCACUGAUGACAUAUGGAGUUGUAGCUGCGGCAGUCUAGGAGCGAGGUGGUGAGGCGAAGUCGGCGACGCGAUAAGAUUGAAGGAGAGGCAGGUCGGAGAUGGAGUAAAUUAGGGUUGACGGCGCGAGAAGAGAGAUGAGAAGAGUGUGGUGGUUCGAGGUUGGCUUGCGGACGACUGAUGCAGAGUAAGGUGAGAGCCGAGAGGGGAGAGGGUUGUAGACUAAAGAGUUAGGCUUUUGGUUGGGCUUAGUGAUUUAGGGUUUCGUUUGGGCUUAGGGAGUUAGGGAGUUUCAUUUGGGCUUAAGAGAGUUGGAAGGAACAAGGAUGAGUUUUGGGCUUAUGUAAUAUAUUUUAGUUUUUUGACCGGGAAUUUAGAAUCUCGAUUCGAUUGAAAGAACUCUGAUUUUCAAACUAUUUGUAUUUCACUUCCAAAUUCUGAACCGAAUAGCAGUAUUUCAAUUUUUAUGGUUUAGUUCGAUUUCGGUUCCGAUUUACUAAAUUUAUGCCCACCCAUAGUGAAACCGAUCCUAUUGAGAAAGAGCAGCAACAAAAAAAAAAAAAAAGGAGUAAUAGCGAAACUUGCUGGAAUGCACCAUGGCUGACGUGGAGGCCCGCUUUUUCCAAACGCUUUUAAUAUUUUGUAAGAAAGACUAAUUAACCGUUACAAUGAUUCUCUUGAUAGCCCAUGGCCCAUAACCCACCAUCAUGUGGCUCCAAAGCCCAUAUCCGAGAGCCCGCGCCAACUUCCUUCACACAUAUAAACAGAAACCCUAAUCUCAACUUCCAUCGUGACCACCAGCAGCACUUUCCUCUUCAAUCCCUCUACCGGCGGCCGAAGAUCCAAAGCUAGGGUAAGCUCUCUUCUCCUCCCUCGUCGGCGGCGAAAAUGGGUCGUGUUCGCACCAAGACCGUAAAGAAGUCCUCCCGCCAGGUGAUCGAGCGCUACUACUCGAAGAUGACGCUCGACUUCCACACCAACAAGAAGAUCCUGGAGGAAGUCGCCAUCAUCCCGUCGAAGCGCCUCCGCAACAAGAUCGCCGGCUUCUCCACCCACCUGAUGAAGCGGAUCCAGAAGGGUCCCGUCCGUGGCAUCUCCCUCAAGCUCCAGGAGGAAGAGCGCGAGCGCCGCAUGGACUUCGUCCCCGAGGAGUCCGCCAUUAAGGUCAACAGCAUUGAGGUAGACAAGGAGACGCUCGAGAUGAUCAGCGCCCUCGGCAUGGCUGAUGUCGGUGGGAUUUCAGUCGUCGACCCUGUUGCUGCCUCCGCUCCGCAGUUUGGGUUUGGCAGAGGCAGGCCGAGGUAUUAAGCGACAAAAGGAAAGGGUUCAGGGGAGGGAAAGUCAGUCAUGGCUUUCUGCUUCUUCUAUCUGCAGUUUCUUAUUUGUGUUUUUGUUCUUUGUUAUAUCAGAAUCUGGAGAAUUUCUGUUUAGUUUAUCUUACUGCCAGAGAAGUUUUGUUAGACCAUGCUACUCUUGUUGAAUUAUUGAGAUGAAUGGAUGGUAGUUUCUGAAAUGGGGUUCUUCCUGGAUAUCGCAUUUGUGCUCUGUUUAGCUGAUAUGCAAGUUUGUCUAUUGUUGCUCUCUAUGUUGUCUAUUGUGGUUGGUGAUUAUUGAUUACUAAAUGCUAGAAGUUUCAGUAAUGAUGGAACUACAUCGAUGAUGGUUUCUGAAAUGGGGUUCUUCCUAGCUAUUUGGAUCUGUGCUUUUAGCUGCUGUGCUAGUGCAAUUUGAUUUGCAGUUGUUGGAUGGAUCGGUAGAGGCGUAUUAGGCUCUAUCAUGUGCAGCAGCAGUAUGGAAUAUGUUAAGAUUGGAGUGGUUGGGGCUUAAUAGUCUCGUUUCAGUGUGUUCCGUUAGUUUCGAUUUCAACAUUUGCUAUUCUUGGGAGUCUUGGUAUAGCUGUAGGGAUGCUACUUUCUGAGUUGAGUGUUGCUUUGCUAACUGUGGAUGUGAAGUUAUUUGGAUGAAGGUUUGUGCAUUGUCGCAGCAUUUUAGUGCAGCACUUGCUUGAAAGGAGGUUUUGUUUGUCAUUCACCGGGGUUGAGCGAGUUUGAGCUUUAGGCUUAGUGUUGAAUCCUUGAUUCUAUCAAGAUGGUGUAGGGGAUGCUUAUCACUUGAGAUUUGGGAUUGGAGCUUAGCAUUUUCGCAAAUGAUUGUGAUUUCAUAAGCUUAGAUGCAUCUGAUUGGACGUUCGCAAUUUGGUGUUAGGGAAUGAAAGUCGAAAUGAAAUGCAGCAGCCUAGGGAUCCAUCCUUUAGUGCACAUUUAUCAGAGUAGGGCUUAAUUAUACUGCAGAAAGAAAUGUAUCGUGUUAGACUUGCAGGUUUCUUGCAUCUUUCAGUGUUGGUAUAUCUGUAUGGAUAUAUCUGAUACAAUAUCAGUACAUGGAGAAAUUUGGUCUGGUCAUCUUUCUAUGAUUAGAAUUGGGUUGGUGCAUCUCGUUUUGUUCAAGGAUUCAUGAGACAGAACUGCUGGUCUCACUGUUCCAUUUUCUAGCUAUUGAACGCAAGAGAUCCAAGCUAAUCAAGCUAUGGACUUAGCUUGACAGGAUGUGACUUAUGAGUGUGAUCGUCAAAGAAUAUGAACAUACUAAUUUAUGGAUUUCUUGACAGUGGUGCAUCAUACCAUACAGUUUGCGUAAUCACAUGACAAAACUAUUGCAUACCUUCAUAACUUGACCAAAAUCAUGGACAGUCAGCGCAAGCCCAUUCUUGUGCUGUAUUAGCUUGAUUUAAUGGCGUUGGGAGUUGAUGCCUGAUGGAGCUAUUGGGGUAAUUGAGGUUAGUAGGGGUUGCUAUGGGUAGGGAUGAGUAUUGAGAUAUCCGUCGUUUCAUCCCACUCGUUUGCUUGUCAUCUCUAAUUAUGGGUAGUGGUGGAUUAGUUUUGAGCUCCAAAUUCACUAAUAAUGUCAGGGGUUAGGCCCCAAUAUGAUCAAAGUAUGUCACAACUAGUAUCCCAAAGGAAAGUAAGGAGAAAAAACAAGUAUAGCGAGUGUCAUAAAAAGCUAGAUAGAAAGAUAGACUAUAAAAUAUGACCUAUCGACAUGCUCUAUCAAAAACAUGUCAACAAUAAGCUAACAAACGUGUAAUUUUCGUCACCAUAACAGAAUAUAAAUGAGUCGACUUAGCACGUGAUGAAGGUUAGUAGAUGAAACUAUUGGUCUCUUUCUAUACAAAUACAAUGUGUUGCUAAUU